GCGCGCUGCGCCCCACAGCGCCUUGUGAUAAAGGACCGCCGCCCGGGCAGAAGGCAGACAUGGAGGAGCUGAGCGCCGUGGGAGAGCAGGUCUUUGACGCGGAAUGCAUCUUGAACAAGCGGCUGAAAAAGGGAAAGUUGGAGUUUCUGGUGAAGUGGAGGGGAUGGUCGUCCAAACACAACAGCUGGGAGCCCCAAGACAACAUCCUGGACCCCAGACUGCUGGCUGCCUUCAACAAGAAGGAGCAAGAAAAGGAGCUUCUGAUGCUUAAGAAAGGGAAAAGGCCGAGAGGACGGCCGCGGAAAAUUCUCGAUAACGCGGCCGACGCUCCGAAGUCGAGCAGCUCUUCGUCCGGCUCCUCGUCGUCCUCCGAUUCCUCCUCCUCGUGCUCCUCCUCUUCGUCCUCGUCGGACGACGAUGACGAUGACGACGACGACGCUGCCGGCAGCCGCGUCAAACCGGCGCCACCGGGAGUCCGGACGCGAGACCUCCACCCCGUCCCCCAGAAGAAGGCCCAGAUCAUCGUCGCGAAACCGGAGCCCCCGAAGAAGCGGAGCCGGAAACCCCCGUCGCCCGACGCAAAGGACUUCCAGCUCCUCAAGGGCCCCCGCAAGCUCCUCAAGGCGCCCAAGGACUCAGAUGUUCCCGGCGCGAUCAAGAAGCCCGUUCACCCGGCGAGCUUCACCUUCAUGGGGUUCCACCGGGGCUCGCCUCGGGACGCGGUGGCCACCGGUCACAACAGGGGUCCUCUGACUCAGGGAGGGGCCGUUAAGAACUCUGCGGGACCCGGCAGGUCGAUCCAGCCCGCCUCCCUCUCCCUGAACAAAGCUGGCCAGAGCAGGAACGUCGGCGCGGGCAAACCGCCCGUCUCGGGCGGGACGAGUCUGGAUCUGAAAGCAGCCACUAGUAAAUCAAAAGGGGUGGCGGCGUUGAGUCUGAACACCUCCAAACACCUCCUUCAAGGGGCCACCCGGCAUCCUCUGAGCUCCCCCGACGGGCAACAGAGGCCCCCGGCCCCGGCGUCAACGCUGCAGCGGAUACCCAACACUAAAGCGGUGGCUUCUGUACCGCCUAAAAACGCCCCCGGCACACGAAGCCCCGGCCCCCAGCCGCUCAACCUCCAGAGCAAGCGAGCGCAGGGCGCCGACGCUCCCGGAAACGCCGACGCUCCGGCGUCGGCCCCGACGAGGAAACCCGCCGUCUCGCAGAACCGGGAGUUUAAUCCCGCCAAGAGUCCGCCGGCGACCCCCGGGCGGCUUCAGACCAGGAAGAGCCAGCCCGGCGCGGACAAGGUCAAGGAGGCGACCGAGAUCCAGACCCCCAGGGUCCAGGGCCGGCUGGAGAAGACCGGCGUGCCGAAAGCCUCCGCGGAGGUCCAGAGCCAGCACGAGAGAUCGGCCGCCAAGGACGGCAAGAAAGCCAAAGUGAACGACAUGAGCACCGGCGAGGAGGAGUCCUGCUCGGACUCCGACCAGGACUCUCCGAGCUACGUCGAGCAGGAGCGCUCGGUCGCCGCCCAGAACCAGGACUGGAAGCCCACGCGGAGUCUGAUCGAACACGUGUUCGUAACGGACGUCACCGCCAACCUGGUCACGGUCACGGUGAAGGAGUCGCCGACCAGCGUGGGCUUCUUCAGCAUCCGCAACUACUGACGGGACCAGAUGGGCUUUGGGGGGAGGUUCAUUUGCGCUUCAUCUUUCUUUAAUAAAAGACCAGUUUUUUAGGUUUGAAAGGGAAAAAAAGAUAACAAAAAGGACAGAAAGUCAGGUGUUGAUUGUGUUUUUAAUUUAUUUUUGCUCGCGUCUACAAAUUGUACCAAGAAAACUGAAGAUCUGAAGGAAGAAGAAGAAGAAGAAGAAAACGGUCCACGUGAAACUGCAUCGCUACGGGAAACCUGGAAGUUAUUCCUCUUUUUCUUUCUUUUUUUAAGUGUGGAGAUGGAGCUCCGGUGUCCCGCAUUCACGCCGACCCCCGUCCCUCCAUGACGGGAGGGGGCGUGUCUUUUUACGGGCAGCGGACAUUUAGCUCAUUUCAAAUCUCUAGCUAACGUAAACCAGUUUGUUUUUUUAUUAUUCUUAGUAUAGCAUCGUUUACCUUUUUUUUUUUUUUACAUUUCAUAAGUUAGCUACCUCCUUUUUUGUUUUCGAAGUUGUGUAAUAUUUUCUCGUGGGAAACCUUUUCCCUCCAGGGUAUCACUGUGUCCUUAUUUUUUUAUAUAUAUAUCUAAAUAAAUAAAAAAUUGCUUCAGUCAUGGGGUAAAAGAACUGCCUCAGAGUCCCACGCGGCGCCCCGUUAUCGGCCCAAAGUUUCCUUCCACCGCGCCGCCGGUUUGUCGGCCUCGAGUUCGUCCAGGCGGCCGCGGCGUGCGGGAGUCAGAUUACGGUAUCUCUGCUCCGCCCCCGGUGUGUUCAGAUAAGACUCGGCCUCAAGGUUUUUUUUGGUUUUUGCUCUUCCUCCUCCGCGUCGGUCGGUCCCGUCCUUCGUCUUCACCGGCAGCUCUAAUCUUCCUGGACUUGUAAUUAAUAUGGGAAAAAAAAUUAAGAGAAAAAGAAAAACGUGCUCGCGAAACGUAACGUGGAUCGAGUCGGUUGCUGCCGGUGUUGAAACGCCACAUUUGGUGGUGGUGGUUGUUGUUGUUGUUGUUGUUGUUUUGCCUCCUUGCAGACGUCUCGUGUCACACGCCUGCUCGGGUUCAGGGGCCUCCCGGAAAAAACGGAAAUAAAAAAAAUAUUGAAAGAUAUCUGAUGUAAUGGAAAAAGAAACCAAAACAACGUGCGCUACUUUUAAGAGUUACGGCAACAAAGCACUUGGACUGAACUCUCCCGUCUCUUUCUCUCUUAGCUAUCUCUCUCUCUCCUUAACUCUCUCUCUCAACUAUCUCUCUUAACUAUCUCUCAACUGUUAUCUCAACUAUCUCUCUCCUUAACUCUCUCUCUCAACUAUCUCUCAACUAUCUCGCUCCCUUAACUAACUCUCUUAACUCAACUAUCUCUCUUAACUCUUUUUGCUCUUAACUAUCUCUCUAUAACUCUCUCAACGAUCUUAACUCUUUCUGCUCUUAACUAUCUCUCUCUAUAACUAUCUCUCAGCUAUCUCUUAACUCUCUUUUUGCUCUUAACUAUCUCUCUCUAUAACUAUCUCUCUUAACUAUCUCUCAACUAUCUCGCUCCCUUAACUAACUCUCUUAACUCAACUAUCUCUCUUAACUCUUUUUGCUCUUAACUAUCUCUCUAUAACUAUCUCUCUCAACGAUCUUAACUCUUUCUGCUCUUAACUAUCUCUCUCAGCUAUCUCUCUCAGCUAUCUCUUAACUCUCUUUUUGCUCUUAACUAUCUCUCUCUUAACUCGUUUACUCUCAAAGACUAAAAACACAAAGGUGACCCCACAGGCGGUUCGAUAACGCGGCAGACGAGUACGGAAGGGACACACGUUCGAUGCCGCAGAUCAAUGGUCGCUCCAUCGUCGUCAGGGCAACGCGCGGUUGUCUAUGAACAUUUGUUUUUUUUAUUAAUAUUUCUUUAUUGUAUGUUUUUCCUGAAUUAAUGAAAAGAACAAACUUGGCAUAAAUGUUUUUGUUGUUGUUGUUUUUUAGAUCUACUAACCAUCUCGAUGAAAUGUUUUUCUUUACGUCUAUUUAUUUACAAAGCGGGGGGUCGACUAAUAAACGAGACGACCUUCUGUCUGA